AUAUUCGCUCCUACAAUAAACGAUCUGUGUUCGCGGCGCUGCCACAGUAACGUGCAAGAGGUGGUCGUCUGCUAGCAACAGGUGUGGAGAGAGUGGAGGAAACGAAAGGUUCAGAUAUCGUGCGAGGAUACGGCAAAGAUAUUGAACACUUGAGAUGUCAGUAGCAAAGAUGAACCAGGAAGACGUUUUGGCAAAGCUGAAGAGGGAUGUUCGUUCCUUGCUCAUUUCAUCGAAGAAGGGCUUGGACGCUGAGCAGCUCAGGCAAGACUAUCUCACCAUGUUGGGGCAUCCCAUGCCCCUGAAACUCCUGGGCUUCAGAAACAUUAUGGAUAUGGUGAAGGAGAUGCCUGACGUGGUGUCAAUUAACUUCAGGGCAGAUGGCAGCUCAUUUUUAAAGGCUGUUAGCGACGAGUCCACCCGAAACAUAGAGGAGCUGGUAGCUAAGCAGCGCACGUCUAAGUCCAACAAGAAGGUCAGGAGGGGAGGUGUCAGCUACUUCUCGCCCCGCUACUGUUACCUGUCCCCCUCUGUGGUCCUUCCCAGAAGAGGUCGUGCUCCUCUGGCUCUCCCUGCCCAUCUGAGGGCACAGCUCCGCCUACUGCUUGCCCAGGGUCCACUCAGGUUGUGUGAUUUGGAGGCUAGCUUCCUGCGCUGCUUCGGCCACCCGCUGCGUGUCCAAAACUACGGCUUCUACUCCACUGGAGAAAUGCUGGAGGCAGCGUCAGAUCUGAUCCUUAUCCACCAGGGCAGGCUGGGCUCAGUUCUGACCCUGAGGGAACAUAUGCUGCCCAGGCCGCUGCCCAGGCCGCUGCCCAGGCCGCUGCUCAGACCGUCCGGGUUACCAAGGAGGACUGGACCAAUAAAGUCAGAACCGCCUAGAACGGACAAGUCAGCCUCCAAACAGCCAGACACAAGAGCUCAGACACCAACAAUACACCCAGUCCCGGUGAGACAGGGUCCUCUGAACCAGCCCGCUACUGAGACUACCUUGGGCCCUGUCCAUAAAGAGUCAACAGUUGUUAGUAACAAGCCAGAGAUGGUUGAGAAGAACCCAGAAGCGGACCCAGAGCUCUGCCAGGAAGGUCGCCUCUUUGAGAAACGUGUCCUCAAGCUGGAGGAGGAGCUUCGCCAACAAAUCCUGGAGAAUGGAGUCGCUGGCACCAUUAGUCAGGAGCUGAAGGACAAGCUACGGAAGGUUGUAGGUCAGACCAGUGGUGGAUUAUCGGUGCAUGAUCUGCCUGCUGAGUACAAGAGGCUUUUUGGUGAGGACGUGCCGCUGCUACAGAGCGGUUUUGUCAGUGUCACUGAACUGGUCAGUGCCAUGAGUGACACCUUCCACCUGAAACCUGCAGAGUGUGACAAUGGACAACACUGGAUAGUCACGGACAUAAAGGACAAUGACAUUACACAAUCAGACUCAAAGGAGCUGCCAUUUAAGAGCUACUACUUCAGCUGUGGAGAGUCUCCUUGGGAAGGCAAACUGGAAGGAUACGAUGAGAAUAUCACAGCAGAUGACAAGAAUGAGGAGCUAGAGACCAGUAACAACUCUAAGACCCAAGAAAUGAUGUCUGAGAUGUACCCAGCCAUUCAGGUGCAUUGCAGCCCUGCGGUGCCCCUGGAUGCCCUGCAGAGUCAACGUCUCAAACGGCCGACGCACCAUGGUGCUCGUGAGCUGGUAGAAGUCCUCGUGGAACAAGUGGAGUCGCCUGGACAUUUCCACAUCCGCUUCAGCGAGAGUGAGGAGGCCAGAGCUAUGGAGGACAUGAUGAUUGAGAUGAGACGAUCUUACACCUGUCCUGAGGUAUCAGGGCGCUACCGCCUCCCUGAGCGAUUUGUCCGACGGGGUCAGGUCUGCUGCGUGUCACCCAAAGGAAUGUGGUUCUACCGGGUGGUGAUCCAUCAGAUCAUCAGCCCCACUCAGGUCGAGGUGUACUAUGUCGACUUUGGCGAAAUUACCGUGGUACAGACAGCCAACCUCAAGUUCCUCAAGUCAUGUUAUUCGGUUCUUCCAGCACAAGCUGUUCCGUCAUCACUCGCUGGAAUUAAACCCACCAAUGGCAGCUGGACUGCGGAGGCCACUGCUUCUUUCCAGAAGCUGUGCUGUGAUCGCACCCUGGUGGGUGCUUUGGAUUGUUACAUUGGAGAUGUGCUGCAGCUCUACCUGUGUGACACACGUACUGAUAAAGACAUCUACAUCCACACUGUCCUGCUGAGCCAGGGCCACGGGACAGCAUGCAGCCCUGCAGCCAGUGCAGCACUUUGUGCCCAGGACAGCCCAGUGAGUCUCUACCUGGGGGAGGGAAUGGUUGACCUGCCAGAGGUAGAAGAGGAGACGUAUUCCUCCCCCAAGCCAGCAAACAUGCUUGAACAGUCCGUGUCUGCUUCACUGAAGGAAAUAGGAAGUUUCUUGGUGUCUCCGGUUGAAGAGGAAGAGCUGCCUGCCCUGGAGUUUAUUGAGGACACUGAGGUCAGCCCUGACUUCCAGGGUAAGGACGCCCACCCGUUCAAUGCUCUGCUAAAUGGCCAGACCCUCAGUUGUAGUGAAUUGGGCUGGGCCUUGACCCAUAAAUCGCCUCCUACCAACCCUUCUAGUCCCACCUCCAACCCUUUCGCCCCUCCAGAUUUGAUCCUGACCAAGACAACCCCAGCUCACUGUGAAACUGAUCUUAAAACACUGAGCAUGACUCCUCCACCAACUCCAUCCAGCAUUAAUUUUAGCUCCUGCUGUCUGACACCAGAAGAGGAACAGCACCGGCAGCAGGUCACUGCCCCCUUGUUGGUCAGGCCACCUACAGUCCUGAGGACCCUAAGUCUCCACACCCCUGACCUGGGCCAGGGGGUACCUGUUUCUUCGCUCCGUCUGCGAAACUCUGGCAUCCUGUUUCCUCUGUUUGGGGCCAGGUUACUUUGGUGUGCACACGUGUUCAAUCCGUCUGCUUUUACAAGAAAGGGCAUCCUGCCACUUGUCGUGGCAUCAUGCCACCCUUAUAAUUCCCAGCCCUGCCUCCUGUCGGUCUGAGAAUUUAUGGAGGCCUUGAAGAGACCGUGGGGGGCUGAGGGAGCUGCCUGUUGGAAGGACAGAGGGAAAGAAGGACUGAUGGCUGAAUCCCAUUUCUUCGCCUCACCCUUAUCCUCGAUGUCCCAGUUUAAACUUUUUCCUGUGAAGUGAAGUGACUGUUUAGCCCUCCUUCCUUACAGCAAAUCUAGUUUUCAGGAGGAUUUGAGUCUGUAACUACUAUGUUUAUCCUCUCAGGAACUAAUCUAAAUAGUGACUGACAUAACAUCCAAACAACCCAGAAUUAAUUUCCACUGUAGUUAUAUUGAAUGGGACUUUUCCUCAGAAAAACCCAUGUCAUUUCUAACAAAUUUACAAGUUACUUCCAGGAAUUAAUUAGCUGUAAGUUUGGCAGUUCCAACAGAAACACUAGCACCACCAAUUUUACAGCUGCACUUGAGUGAUCUUUACAGACAAGCUACCCUUUUGCUAGUAUAGAGGGAUGCAGGAGAUGUUGUUGGCACUUCCAUUCAUUGUUGGAUGAAUCAGAGCUAGCUGCUGCCAGAAAUCUGAUGGUAAAAUAAAGCAGCAGAUCAUUAAACAGAUUAACCACCAUUAAUCACAGAUAACUUUGAGAAUGAAAGUUCAUUUUUUACCUUGGAAACAAAAGUUUGACCAAAAAAAACUUAAGGCCAACUUACUAACUCUGGCCAGGAUGUUUGGGAUCCGGAGCAGGCAGAAUUGCAGUGGAGGUAAUGGCGGUGGAGAUGGUGUG